CCUGGAGAAUAAAACACGAGGAACAAGGAGGCCUGAUGAAAGUGAAAGAGGAAACACAAGAUCUGAAUGAAGUGGAGGAGAAACAUCAGGAUCAGAAAGAUCAUGAUGUCAAUGGAGAAAAAUCAGUGAGUUGCAGCAUUCAAAUAACAGAAGUUAAAAAGCCUUUCAGCUGCUCUCAGUGUGGAAACACAUUCAAACAGAAAGGAAGCCUUAUGAAACACAUGAGAAUCCAUAAUGGGGAAAAGCCUUUCAGCUGCUCUCAGUGUGGAAACACUUUCACGUGUAACGAAAACCUUAAGAAUCACAUGUUAAUUCAUGCUGGAAUAAAGCCUUUCACCUGCUCUCAGUGUGGAAAGCGCUUUACAAAAAAAAGGCAACUUAAGGACCAUUUGGUAACUCACACUUCAGAAAAGCCUUUCACCUGCUCUGAAUGUGGAAACACUUUCACACGGAAAACAAACCUUAAGAAGCACAUGUUAAUUCAUACUGGGAUAAAGUCUUACAGAUGCUCUCAGUGUGGAAAUAGUUUUACACAGAAAGGACACCUUAAUGAUCAUUUGGUAACUCACUCUUCAGAAAAGCCUUUCAGCUGCUCUCAGUGUGGAAAGUCUUUCACACGUAAAGGAUACCUUAAGACUCACAUGUUAAUUCAUGCUGGAAUAAAGCCUUUUUCCUGCUCUCAGUGUGGAAAGAGUUUCAUAUGUAAAGGAAUCCUGAGGAAUCACAUGUUAAUUCAUACUGGGAUAAAGUCUUUCAUCUGCUCUCAGUGUGGAAAGAGUUUUACUCAGAAAGGACACCUUCAGAAUCAUCUGGUAACUCACUCUACAGAAAAGCCCUUCAUCUGCUCUCAGUGUGGAAAGUCUUUCACACAAGACAGACUGAAGCAGUCGACACAGGAGAUCAGUGUGAGACUUGUGGGAGAUCUGGCUUCAUCUGGUCUUGUGGAGGUCUAUCAUGAUGGAGAGUGGGGUUCAGUCUGUGAUGACGGAUGGGAUCUGGCUGAAGCAUCAGAUGGGUUUUCCUGGAGUGAAUAUCAGCCACUUCAGGAGGACAUUAUGGAGAAGCUGGUGUUUAUUUUUGGACUGAAGCUUAUGGAGGAUGAUGGCAGGAUCUUCACUCAUUCCUCAAGACAACCUUCCAGACGCAGGUAUAGAUGUAGGAGUACAGCGUCUGCACAGCAUCUCUUUCACAUGAUGGAAGCUCUGCUGCAUCGCACAGACCUGAUGGUGAAGGAUGAAGCUUUACUUCUUGAAGCUCUGGAGAUAUGA